AGGCGGCUGGACCCGUGAGCCGUGGCCGCUGAGCCUGCGCGUCCGGAGCCUGUGCUCCGCAACGGGAGAGUCCACAAUAGUGAGAGGCCCGCGUACUGCAAAAAAAAAAAUCUUUGAUCUCAGAGAGCAGGCUUCUUACUAAUUAUUGAUUCUGGAAAACAAACAAAUAGAAAACACACGUCUUUUUUUUUUAGGACUUUGAAAGGAACAGUCUUUCAUAUUAGCUUGCUCAGGCGCUAGAGGGGAGCGUGGUGUCAUUAAGUGCUGCAUUCUGCAAAGUAUGUAUACCCUGGCAUGCCCAGAUACUGGGAAAAGGUACAGCAAAGAAGGGCUUAGAAAAAUAUUUUCCUGAGAUUAAAAUAGGACAACUUUGGUUUCCAAAAAUCUACUGUGAUCUAGUGUUUUACACCAAAAUUCCCAAUAUAGGGAUUUGAUUCCUUUUUAGUGACAAUAUCUUUCAAAUAAUUUGAUUUUCAAAACCUUAUUGUUAUUUAAAAAUUAUAUAUGCUCACUGAUUUUUAAAAAGAAAGUCAAACAAUAGAGAAAAAUACAAAGAAGAAAGUGAACACAACUGGAACUCACAUGAUAUAUUCCCACCAUAUGGGGGAGGAUUCUUUCAGACAUCUCUCACUUUCUCUCUAUAUAUACAGAAAUAUGCAUAUGAAUUUAAAUACAUAAAAUGAUAUUGUACCUUCCGUUUCCGGAAUGGUAUUGUUGCAGAUGGAGUAGACAUCUUUCUGUGGCAGAUGACUUGAUUCUUGGUGGUAAAGCAUAGUGGUUGUGGGUAGGAGGAGUCACAGAGCCUAGGUUUUAAUUUCUUCUCCACUCACUAUGUGACAUUGGACAAGUAAUUUAACCCAUCUCUAUGUACCUAGGUUUCCUCAUAAUGCAAAAAUGGGGAUGAUAAUAUUACCCACCUCAGAGAGUUGAUGUGAGAGUAAAAUCAGAUCACAUAAUUGUUUGACAGUACCUGCAACCUAAUAAGUACUUAAUACAUUUUAACUAUCUUAACUAAAUAUAAGUUUCAACUUCAUAGUAACACUGAAGGUUGUUAAAAUACGAACGUGGGAUAUUUUUUUCAAAUAACUUUCAUCAUGAUAAUCCCAAACCAUGCUUUUAACAUAAAUUAUUAUUGCUUCUACAUAUAACUAUAUCUCCACUGACGCUGGUAUUUGCAUGCAGCAAAUACUAUGAACUUAUUGACUGAUCUACCUGAAGACUUUAACAGAAGGAGAUAAACUACCUUUUUUUGAAGGCCUCUUUAAGAAUUGUUCUGUGGAAUGCAAGGUGCCUUUAAGCAAGAGAGUUUUACUGCACUGGCUUUAUAAAACAUGACUCCAACUAAAAAUCCCUGUUAAUUAUUAAACCCUUAUGUAUAAUCUGGAUACCUGACACUGCUGAUACUGCAGAUUGAGAACAGAGAGUUUUUGUCCCUCAGGUUAAGCCUAAACACCAGUAGAAAAAGGUAGUUAUCAAGGGAUUUAAAAAACCCCAAAUUUUUCCUCUUAUAUUUAGUAAAGGGUAUGGGGUAUCUCCUGUUUUGGCUGGCAUAUCUAGUGCCUAAACAACUGGUUUAAACCUUGUUUGGGAUUCCUGCUUGUUUUAGGAUGGCGGAUCUUGGAGUUCACAGAAUCCUCCUUCUGGUUAUUUCUCUGACAAAAUGUCUGGAGGGCACAAAACUGCUGGCAGACUUAAAAAAAUGUGGUGACUUGGAAUGUGAAACUUUAAUAAGCAGAGUUUUAGCCAUAAGAGAUUACAGAGGACCUGACUGUCGAUACCUGAACUUCACUAAGGGAGAAGAGAUAUCUGUUUAUGUUAAACUUGCAGGAGAAAGUGAAGAUUUGUGGGCAGGAAGUAAAGGAAAGGACUUUGGGUAUUUUCCCAAAGAUGCAGUCCAGAUUGAAGAGGUGUUCAUAUCUGAGGAAGUUGAAAUAUCAACAAAAGAAUCUGACUUUCUCUGUCUUCUUGGAAUAAGCUACACAUUUGAAAAUGAAGAUAGUGAGUUAAACAGUGGUAAUGGUGAAAAUAUAUAUCCAUAUGAAGAGGGCAAGGAGCCCAAAUCUAGAGUAUAUGAAAAUGAUUUUCAGAUAGACCUCGGCUUUUAUUCAACUUCUGAAAGUACUUUGUUUGAAGACCAAUUUCCAGCAUCAGAGGCUCCUGAAGAUAUCAGAAGUACCAGUGAAUCAAAAGAUUGGGAAGCAGUAGAAGCUGGAAAUGUGGAACAGUAUCCUAUUCCAGAAGGGGAUCAUGUCCUACCAUCCUCAGCUAUUCCUGAAGUGAAAGGAUGGUUUGGAUUUGGAAAGGACCAAGCUGGAGAAAAGACUUUUGAAUCAGUUACUGAACCUCUAGAAGAAAGCUCAUUUCGAAAUAGAAAAAUAACAGUGGAAGAUGAGAAUGACCCAGAGGGAUUAAACAAUGGUGAGCCCCAAAGAGAACAUAAGCAAGAAGUUGAAUCAGAAUUUGAUUCAGUGCCAAAGAAACAGUCUGAACUAGUGUCUGAGUCAGAGCACAUCCUCAAUCCUCAAGACACUGGUUGGUUUGGUGGUGGAUUUACAAGUUAUUUUGAUUUUGGGGGUGAGGAUACAGGGCUUGAAUUACUGUCCAAAGAAAGCAACCCACCUUUACAAGAUGUUCCUAGUUCCAUAUCCUCUGAGGAAGAACCCACCGUUCCUUAUACAGAAAUAUUAACAGAAAAAGAAGACACAAUCACUAAUGAUAGCUCAAUUCUCAGGCCAAGUUGGUUUGAUUUUGGUUUUGCUAUGCUAGGAUUUUCAUAUGCUAAUGAAGAUAAAAUUAUAUCAGAUGAUGGAAAAAAUGAAGAAGAAGGUGGGGGAGAUAAACAUGGACAUCCUCCAACAAGUGAAUUUGACCCUGAUAAGGAACAAGAAAUAAAAAUAAUAAAAAUUAUGGAAACUGAAAAUCAAAUAGGCAAGAAAAGGGUCUUAGAGAAAACAGACGAUUCUGAUACUUUACCAUAUUUUAAAAAGUUCUUGUAUACUUUUGACAACCCCUGGAACUUCCAGAACAUUCCAAAGGAGACAGAAUUGCCAUUUCCCAAAGAGACACUGGAUGAAAAUAAUGGAGGUGAAAAUGAUAAAAGAGAAUUUUCAGUUGAGUAUUACCCCACAGAUAAUACGGAAGAUAUGAUGUUGAAAAACGGAUACGGUCAGCCAGAUAUGGUCUCUAAAAUAGAGUUAUCUAUGAGAGUUCACGAAGAAGUACAUUUCAAAACUCUAUCUUCUGAAAAUAAUGAUGAAAAAUCAGAAACAUCACUAGACGCUGAAAGACCUACUCAAGUGGAAAUAGACACAUUUGUGGAAAAUACCCUGUCAAACAGUCAGAUCUUUUCAACUGAUUACUCUUUGUCUUCUCAAAAUUAUGUUGCUCUAAAAGAAGAUGCUUCUGAGUGUCAGAUUCUGAAAUAUUUAUUUCAAAUUGAUGUUUAUGAUUUCCUGAAUUCUGCGUUUUCACCAAUUGUAGUUCUUACAGAAAGGAUCAGGGGAAAUUACACUAAGAGUUAACUCAGAAAUAAUAUGAACUGAAAAUUAAUCUUAAGCAAAUUAUUAGUAUUUGAAUGACAGCUGUGACCUCAGAAUGGUGUAAUGUGAGAAUCUUGCAAAAGCAACUAGUACCUCAAAAUUUAACCAACUCAUAACUGAAAUUCUAAAAUCUGUCCACUUUUUCAUUUAUUGUAAAUCCUAUUAAAUUCUAUCUCAUUUAUUGUAAAUUAAAUAUUGCAAAAGGACCUAGCUGUAGUACUUGGCACAUGAGGCCUUUUACAAAUGUUUGUUCCUUUUCUCAUCUACUGCUACCAAAUAAAUAAUUGAGGAAGCACUUUUGUCUUCUCAUUUACAUUUUAAGAUGAAAUUUAACAGUGGUUGCCUUCAAGGAGUUCCGUCUAGUUGGAGGACACCAGAAAAAAAAAAUUAAAUAAUUAUAAUAUGGUGCUGUAAUAGCCACAGGAUGCUACUGAUAUACAGGAGGAGCUGCCUAGUAGACUGAUUGGAAGUGGUAGGUAGAGAGGGUGGGGAGGAGGAGCCUGGGAAAAUGUCCCAGAAGAGAUCUUACUUGAGCUGAUAUUGAAGAAAGAGUAGGAGUUAGCCAGGCAAGAAAGGAUAAACAUUCUAGGCUGAGGAGAGAGCAUUUUUAAAAGUACAGAAGUGGGAGAGAGCUUGGCAUUUUUGGAGAUCUAUAAGCAAUUCAGUCUGAUUGAAUACAGAGUAGGACUGAAGUUGUAUACUGGGAUUAUGUAAAAAAUAGCUUUGCAUGUUAUGAUAGGAAGUUGAACUCUAUCUUUUAAAUGAUGGGGCACUAUUGAGGAAUUUAAGUAGGGAGUGAACUGAAAAAGUUUCAUUUUAAGGUCUAUCUGUCAACAUUGUCAAAUAAGAAUUGAACCGGAUAAAGACCAGAGAAAGGGAGGCCAAUCAAGAAGUUAUCACUUUAGUUCAGGAAAUAAAUGUUGAAGGUCUAAAACAGGGUUUAUAAACUCAAAUGAAAUGAGUGCAGCACAGGUAAAGGUGAGAGCUGUAACCAACUGGAGAGUGUAUGCUUUCUCUGAAACAUGUAGCUGCUACUUACCUUCAGCCUAGUUUUUGCCAGAUCUUCUGAUAUUUCAAGAAAAGUUGGAAAUCUGGGUUCUUCUGUGUGAAAUCUCCCAAUUUUUAAUGCUGGCAAAUAUUUAGAUUAGAAAAAAUAUCAUGCAGUUCAGACAAAGCAUUCUGUGGGUUGGGUCUGGCCCACUAGCCACAUUUUUUAACCUUUGGCCUAAUAUCUGAUAGUGGUUGUUAAAAUGAUUGGAAGGACAAACUAGGUAGAUUUUUGUAGAUAGAAUUCAUUGGAUUUAAUGAUUGAUCGAAUGUAGCAAGGAGAAGAAAAUGGAAAAGUGAGGAUAAUUUACCAGAUUUUUAGUUAUGGUGACCAGGUGCCACUGACUGUAAGAGUAUUUGUGAAAACUAGGCUUAAUGACACAUAUUGUGUUGCUUUCAGAGGCUUCCUCCUUACUUUAUUUCUUUGCUGGUUUCUAGAGAGUUGACAUUACUUGGUAACUAAGUUCAGAGAAGUGAUUAAUUUACUCUGUAUGAUUUGGUGUUGAAGAUGUUGAUUAAAAACAUUACUUAAAAAUCUGUUCUAGCAUAGGAGAAAAGGAAAACUAAUAAUAAUGAUGUAAUUUAUAAAAAUAGUCAUAAUAAAACUUUCAACUACCCAUUUAAUUAAUUCUACUUAUUAGUAUGUCCAACUGACAUAGCCCUCACUAGUCAUCCCCCUCUCCCAUAAAUUAUACCAGUGAAGUUACUAAAUUAAAAAAUAAUUUAUUAGUACACCAUAUUCACCUUUCAUAUAAAGUGCUUACUUAAUACAGGCUAUGCUAAGUAAGCUUACUUUUGUGGACUCAUUAAAUAUCAUCAAAUACAUUUUACUUGAACCAUUUUGGUUGAAAUUCUUCAGACGUGAAAAUAUUGAAUUUAAAUUUGUUAAUUAUCUUGUGACCUUGGAGAGUCACUUUUUCUCUGGGGAAGUCUCGGUUUAAAACUGUAAUACCAGUAGCAGAGACUAGAUGACAGACUGGUCACUGGCUGGCUUGAGCAUUGUUUAAAAAUUAUGAACCAGCUGACUACAUUUCAAAGGUUAGUUCAUACAAAAAUCUGGAUUUCUGCAUUCUCUUGAAAAAGUAGAAGACUGUAAUACAUAGUCUUCCAUUCUUCUGUGGCAACAAGAAGCUCAAGCUGAAUAGCGCUUGCAUUGAAUAGACAUGCAGUUUUCAUUUCCCUACACUUAUUUCAGCUGUUUGGCCUCUAUACGGCUUUAAGUUCAUAAUGUUUGGGCUAAAUGCUCUGAAGAGUUUCUGCCAGGUCAGGAAUUCUAAGUCUUAGUGGGUCUAUUAAGCAUCCAUAAUAGCUGCAGUAAAUGGAAAAUUUGAGCAAUUUUCCAGUUAAAUUUAGGCAAAAGUGUUUCCUUUUCUUCUUGCCUAAAUGCUUCAGGUAAUUGUUUCUAUUCGCUGAUAAUUUUAGUUAGAUUUUGUAUACAAAAUACUUUUUUUGAAUUGUUUAAGUAAUAGGAAUCAACACCACUUUUUAAUCUACUUUAUUUUAUAAUUGAGGAGGCUCUUUUGGUUCUAACCUUUAUAUAUUCUUAACUAGAAUAAAAAAUAUAUAUAAAUAUAUUCAUUUAUACGUGGAAUAAACAAUGGAAAUUACCCAGCUCUUGUUCAACAGGUAGCUCCUGAUUUAGUAUGUUCUGAGAACAGCUCUUACAUCACUAGUGCAGAGAAUGAAGAUGUGGCUCAGCAUGUUUGACUUUCUUUUGAAGGACUAGAUUGUACAGCCUGUGACACUGACUGUUUAAU